AUGGAUGAGGUAAAUGUUACCUAUUUAACAUUGGAUGGUUAUGUAGAAAUGAACAAAUACAGGUAUUUGUAUUUUACUAUUAUCCUGAUAGUGUAUAUUCUAAUAAUCUGCAGUAAUGCCACUAUUGUGUAUCUUAUCUGGAUUCACAAAAACCUCCAUGAGCCGAUGUACAUCUUCAUUGCAGCUUUGUUAUUCAACUGUGUUCUUUACAGCACAACUGUUUAUCCAAAGCUUCUGAUUGACUUUUUAUCUGAAAAACAGAUCAUAAAAUAUUCAUCCUGCAUUUUUCAGUUAUUUUUGUUUUAUUCUGUAGGUGGUACAGAAUUCUUAUUGUUAGCAACCAUGGCCUUUGAUAGAUAUGUGUCAAUAUGUAAACCUCUGAGGUAUCCAAUUAUUAUGAGAAAAACUACUGUGAAACUUCUUCUGGUUGUAGCUUGGUUUUUACCUGCUUGUUACAUUGGAGCAGAAGCAAUACUGGUUGCUGAAGCUAAAAUAUGUAACUUAAACCUGAAUGGCAUAUUCUGUAACAAUGCAAUUUUGACUCUUCAAUGUGUGAGAUCCACACCACUUACAAUAUUUGGCAUUGUUACAUUAAUAAAUGUUGGACUAGUUCCUAUGCUCUUCACUGUAUUUACAUAUGCAAAUAUAUUAGUAAUUUCUUAUAAAAGCUCAAAAACAUUUAGAAAAAAGGCUGCUGAGACCUGUGUGCCACAUCUGCUGGUUUUAAUCAGCUUCUCCUAUUUGUCUACAUAUGAUGUAGUUAUAGCUAGAAUACAAUCAGAUUUACCAAAAACUGCACGCUUUAUAAUGACUUUGCAAAUAUUUCUGUAUCAUCCUUUAUUCAAUCCAUUUAUAUAUGGAUUAAAAAUGAAGGAAAUUUCUAAACACUUAAAAAGAAUGUUUUCAAUGAAAAAACUAGUCUCCGGCGAACCAUUCAGCAUUCCUUCCACCGAUUCCUCUGACCUCACUUUCGAGAAGGUGGAGGAGGGCUUUAGGUCAUUUGUGCCCCUAAUCAAGAAGCUCAGAGAGGACCUGCUUCACUAUUAUCCUCCUGUUUUAGAGGAAGGAAUAAAGAAGCUGGAGGAGAAGUACAGAACCGCAUUGAAAAAUGAUUACCAUCAUCCAGCUUAUUCAGCGAUUCUGAAAUCACCCACCAGAGGUCAGUCUUCCCUCUCCCACCAAACCUUCGAGCCAGCCAAUGCCAAUAUCCACACUUCAGUACCCGUCCACACCAGUAAGAACUCUUCUGUGCCAGACCACGAAGAAGUGGACACUCUGGACUCUGCCCAGCCGCUGGCUGCCGAAGGCCUGCUUUGUCUCCGCUACUCGGACUGCGGGACUCUGUGCGCUGCGGCCCUACUCGUCGACAUGCUUGGUAACCUGUGGUGCCUGCUGAGGACCGAGAAGCAGGCGGCGCUGGCCCGUUUCCAGGGGAGGUGCAGGGACGUUGGUGUUGUGUGCUUCACGGAAACGUGGCUGGGUGGGGCUGUGGCGGUCUCGGCGAUCUCACGGGACGGCUUUGAACUCAUCCGCGCAGACGGAACUUUGGCAGAGAGCAGAAAAAAGAGUGGAGGUGGGCUGGUGGUGUUUGUGAAUGAGAGGUGGUGUAACGCAGCGCAUGCGCACGUGAAGCAGAAGAUAUGCUGCUCGGACGUUGAAAUCCUGGCAGGGAGUUUGAGACCUUACUACUUGCCGCGACAGUUUGGCCACGUGAUCUUGCUCUGUGCUUAUAUACCUCCCCCACCCCUCUGA